ACCAUAAACCCUAGAAAAAUGUCAGCAAAUAAUCUCAGUUUCUUCGAUAAGAAAAACAAACCAAGAAAGAAGUACGGAGUAAUUAAGAACCAAAACUGCAAACUUAAUUUACUCUUUUUGGGUAUAAUUUCUUGUAAAUUCUCUGAAAAUGGGCGGAGGAGGUGGUAAAGAAGAGGAACAAGAUGGUAUGUCCGUACACUCUCCUUGCAAAGCUCCUCCUUCCUCUGCAUCUUCUCUUUCUAAGGAGCAAUCACAAGCGGAAUUGGAGCUAAGAUUUUUGGAGGCACUUGAAAUUUACCCCCCUGGGAAACUAAAAGGAUUUUCUGCUUCAGGCGUUCAUCACCACUUUGCCCUUUAUGGCAUGAUGGAAUUUCUCCGGAGAAGUUUUGAUCGCCAGUUUUCUGCUGACGAGGUUAUGCGCUUGCUAGACCGUUUCUACGACCUGAAAAUGCUGAGAGGAGAAGGUGAGGAUGCAGAAUUCCCGCAGCGUGAGGAGGACUUCUCCUUGCCACAAAGUUAUUUUGCCAAGGAAGAAUCUUGAA